AAGCAUCUUGGGGCACAACUGUCUCGUUUGCCACCGAAUUGGCAUUCAAGUACUCAAACACUAUGCCCUCGCAUAAAGUCAUCUCUAGCCUUGCAUUUUCGCACUAUCUUCAAUUUUGCUUGGUCAGAUAAUGACUCGCGUUCGAUCCAGUAAAUUUCCUAUGGUAGGCGUUGUGCAAUGUGGACCUUACAGGUUGGAAUUCCGAAUUCCAACUUGAGGUCCAGGAGUCUAGCAUAGGGUUUUGAAUCGUACCUUGCCAUGUCUAGGCCAGCAGCACCAGGUAUUGACGUUCAGACAAACCGGUGGACAACAUUAUCUCAUUAUCUCUACCCAUUGUUGUGCCGAGACACGCACUAACCUACUUCGGCCAGACGCGUGAAGUAGACAUUUAGGGUCCACUUACGUGUUUCAUAGACAAGGAAAAAUGACGUCAAGACGUUUCGGUUACGGCUUCGGGCUCGCUAUUGUUACGCUUGUGCCUUUCGGGAUAAGUGAAUACUUCCUCCGCCAGUAAUGCGAAAUAAUUCAACAUGCGGCACGAGAGGGUUCACAACCAACAGGGUCGAUUUGUCAAUUUGACUUUGAACGCUCUCAGGUCGCGGUCAGUCUCGUCCUUUAACCGAUGUCGUCGGUUUGGUGGCAGUGGAACGCUGCCAUCAGAUCAACACUGCAUACCGCGUCUAUAACAGAUGUAAGAAUCAAUCAACCUUCUUUGUCAAUGUCCUUUCCACGUGCAUUGUCACAUGCGAUUCCUUUCUUCCCAACUUCUUCCACCGUACAAAUAGCGGGUUCUCGUCAACGAAUCGAGUGAAAGUGUGUAGUGUGCAAAACGAAGGGCGGUGGUUCACCGAAAUGGCAGGCCGCAGUCCCCAGUUGCUGAAGAAGACGGAGAAGUUCCUCAAGCACGACAUCCUCCUCCGUCGGGAUUUUAUAUCUACGUCUCCGUCCCCAGCUGCGGACGCUCCCUUGGAUGUGGUAAUUCAUGCGAAGCGCCAGCAAAAUUCGCUUCAGCCAGUAGCUAAGCUCCCUGCGGAGAUCUUAUGCGACAUCUUCGUCUUUUGUGUAUCCAAUGCGGAAGAAGAUGAACAUGACUCCCACUCAACAUGCUGGCCGAACGGAUACACAUGGAUUAGUGUCACGCAUGUCUGCCACUACUGGCGAGCUGUCGCACUAAAGUCCCCAGGUCUUUGGGCUGUGAUACCAGCAUCAACCACCGGGUUUGAUUUUACACUUGAAAUACUGCGGAGAUCCCAGCGCAUGCCUCUGGACGUGGAGAUCAACACGGACAUGCAGAACUGGCGAUUGAAUCUGGGGAUAAUUCAGCAGGAAGCACAACGGAUUCGAGGGUUGGUGCUCUUAUUUGAGCCCGAUACUCCAAUUCCACCUCUCACGGUAGAGGAAUUGCCGCACUUGCGCUCCCUUCACGCUCGUGUCAACGGCAAUUCCACACGAGAGCUUCCUGGGUUUCUUGACCACGGCCAGUUCCCUGAUUUAGUACAGCUCAACUUGUGGAACAUUCGAAUCUUCAUGACGCACCCGAUCUUUUCUCCUCGCCUGACUCAACUAUCCCUUUGUGGCAUCCGCGAGCCCGAUAGAGUCAGCGUCGACGAGGUCCUCAGAUCCCUUCAUAACAUGCCGCUUCUCGAGGAUAUUCGACUCGCUUACAUAUUCGACUCCCGACCUGCAAUGGCGCCUUCACGCACUAUAACUCUAUCCAAUCUCAAAGCGUUACUAAUUGUAGACUCACCGUCACCUGUGGUGGAAAUAUUCGAACACAUAAUCUACCCUCCUCAUGCGUCUAUCCAAAUCAAUGUCGACAUAACCUCGGAAAUCUUCACUUUCAACGCAAUCGUGUUUGGACGCCGACUAGCUGCGCACAUGCAGCACUUGAUGCAUCUGAACCCCCUUCACACAUUUGUAGCCGGCACUAUUCGUCAGGAGAAUUGUCAGGUCGACAAACACUCCAUCAUGGGAACCGCCUUUAUCUUCGAUGGCGCUCCAGGUUCUCCUAACGCUAGUGGGAAUAGUGGAAAGCAACUGCUUUCGAGCGUCUACACAUUCUCCCUGGCGUUGGUCGUUCCGCACUCCUGUCUCAAGUCUCCGCAUGUCACACGCAACCUUGCUGCCUGUUUCGCUGAACUGCCUUUGACAAAUCUCCGUUCGUUCGAUAUGGAGCGAGUCAAGGCAUGGAACCACCUGGAGGACGUCUGGAUUCCCGUGCUGCGGAUGAUGGACAAAGUGUACGAGCUUGCCGCUGUGGAGGAUUGCGUGCGACACCUUCCCACAAUUCUCGAUUAUCGCGAAGAGGAAGUCGAAGAAGGUUUUGUCACUUCAAGACGUCCUUUGCUGAAGAACCUAGUGCGUCUCAGACUUGAAGAGACGUACAUCGAUAAGGGUUUGCUCAGCAAGCUAUGUUAUUCGUUCCACGAUCGACGUAUUGGCGGAUGGCCCCUCCAGUCUUUCUCAAUCAAGAAUUGCCACGUUCGAGACAAGGAUCUUGAGACGCUUGCUCUAGCCAUGACCGAGAGGAAUGGUAAGCAGGAAGUGUUCCAAUAUCAGACGGGAAAUGGAAUAGAAUGCGUCAUUCAUGACUUGGGGAAUUGGUGAUGUAUCUUGGUUUUCUUUAUGCAUAAGUAUUUCAUUGUAUCAUAUGACCGCGAGUUGCUAUUAUAGAUCGGAAUGCUCUGCUUUACCGGACGGAAGUUCUAUAUUUUUGCUACUUGUACGCUGUAUCAUACCUUAGCUUCGUUUGCCAGACGUCUUAGGAUAGCCUUAUUGAUAGUGUACUUAGAUUACGGACCUCGAUAUUGUUAACCACUUCUCUAGACCUAGACUUGCCUUUUACGGCGAGAGGUGUUCAGUAAAUCCGUUCAGUUGGUCAAUCGCCAACAAGAUUAUGUUCCUUCGUCAUACCUCUAUGUUGAAUCCCCGUCAAGUCCUAAUCCACCUUCACA